AUGAAAUUUUUUUCUUUUUUAUCAAUUGGCAGAGCCACCAAUGUACAGUCAGUAAUGAAUACAUUAACAAAUGAAAAUAAUAAAAGUUUUGAUUUGAAAUCUAUUGAUAGCUUCAGUUUAGUAGAUUUAUCAAAUCAAUUUAUUUCAAUCAAAGAGAGAAUUAAAUUCAGUAAAAAAGAGUUGGGUGAUUUGUUACUGUUUAAUAAAAAUGUUGAUGGUAUUAUUGUUGCAAAAAAUAUUAGUCUUGAAAAAUUUGAUAAUAUAAGAAAUAUGUUUGAUGAUAUUCCAAAGGUAAUGCUUAUUAAUGGUUUCGUUAUAAUCACUGAUUUGAGCGUUUCAAAGAUUCAUGCAUUCGGUUUAUCUUAUUUUCUUGUACAAGUCGGUGCAUAUAGCCUUACUAGUAAUUAUAGCCUUGUGGGUUUGAAUGAACUGUCAAUUGCUAUACCUGGCAAUGGUUUUGUUCAACCCGAUUCAUGUUUACUACCAAAGGGAAGAGCACAACCUAAUGUAGAUAUCCCUACAGUGGCUUUUGAGAUGUAUUACUCAAAAGGUGUUUCAUAUGCGGUAGCAAGAGCAAGAAUUUUAUUUAGAAUUUCAGGUAUUCAAUAUGUAUUAUGUAUUUGUAUCAGACCAAGAGAUCCAAAUAAUAAUAAUACAUUUAAAUGCACAGCACUUGUGUUUAAUGGUGUUAUAAGCAGAGAAAAUCCAGUUUCUAUAAUUUCUUUUGGAACCAAACCAAUUUCUCAAAUAAAUGAAAAUCAAUAUCAAACUAUUACAGUUGGUGUUCCAGCAGUCGGAUAUAAAAGAACCAAUCCAGUUCAAUGUAAUGCACCUAAUCUUCCCAUGUUUUUAAUUAGUAUUCCAAGUACAAUCAUUUUUAAUGGAGUUCCUAAUCCACCUGCAAACAUUCCACCAGCACUCAACUUGGAUUUAUUUAUUUUACAAAGUUCUUUUUUAGAAUAUGUUGAAGAUUUCACUGGAAAUUUACACCAUCAAUAA